AAUCGACAGGCAGAACGAGAGCGUUGCCAGGCUGUCGCAGUGCAUGGCCUGCAAGCCUUGUUCGAGCGUGUGUGUUGUUGUGACGUGACAGAGCUUAAAGCUCUGCUCUUGCUGAACAGCUGUGCAAUGUCUGGCAACUUUCGCUUUCGUUUCCGGCUUUUGCUUUGUUAUUGUGAGAGCGAGGCCCCGCUGCUCUCUUGCAUUUGAAUAUGGAAGUGUGUGUGUGCGUAAAGUGUGUCUGAGUGUGUGCAUUAUUGUUGGCAAUUUCAAAGUCAAAAAACAACAAUAAGAGCAUUAUGCGCAGCCAACAACUGCGAAGCAUUGAGAACAGAACAAGAACUUGAGCAGCAAACAGGAGGAGACACGACCCAACACGACGCGACACGACACGAGGCAGCAGCAGAAGUAGCAGCAGCAGAAGCAGCAGGCACAGAGGCGGUCGCGACGACAGGACAACGCCAACGUUAUCCUUGUUGAGAGUUUCGCAAUAUAUUUGUAUUGCAGCAGUCAGUCUCAACGAAAGCGUCGAACCAACCAAAUCACAUCGAAGACCCGAUUAAACGACGGCUGCUGCUGCUUUCUUUGAGCGGAAGCUGAAGCUAAAGCGAACUAACUAACUACUUUAAUAAAAUCACGCCAACAACCCACCUAAACUCAACUCAACUAAACUAAACCAAGCUCUGCUGGAGCACAACUAAGGGCAAAACUCAACUAAGUAAACUCGACUAAAACUGAAGCAAAACUGAAGCUAGUAAAACUUUUACUAUUGCUCGCACAAAACUAAAACCAAACCAAACCAAACCAAAGACCAGCCAAAAACCCAGCCGGGGCCAACUGAGCAAAAUGAACGACAGUCGACGCAACACGGCCACAGAAUUUAGCUACAUUCUUCAGCGUCAGGGCAGCGAUGUGUCCGUUGCCGAGGCCUAUGCAUUCGAUGACUUCAACAUUUCAAUGAAGAACAACCAUCAGCCGACACAUCAACAACAGGGACAGCAGCCACAACAGCCACAACAACAUCAGCAGCAGCGGCAGCAGCAACAGCAACAGCAGCAGCAGCAACAGCAACAUCCUUCCCAGCAACAGCAACCACAACAUGAUGCCACGCUGGGCGACACAUUGUCCUCGUUGCCACAGGCCUCGUUCAACUAUAUCAACUCCAUUGUGGGCAGCGGCGUCAUUGGCAUACCCUACGCCCUGCAUCGGGCCGGAUUCGGCCUGGGUCUCGCCCUACUCAUCCUGGUCGCCUACAUCACCGACUACUCACUCAUCCUAAUGGUCAGAUGCGGCCACAUUUGCGGCAGGUUCAGCUAUCCGGGCAUCAUGGAGGCUGCCUACGGGAAGUACGGCUACUACCUGCUCUCCCUGCUCCAGUUCAUGUAUCCCUUUCUGGCCAUGAUAUCGUACAACGUUGUCGUGGGCGAUACCCUGUCCAAGGUGCUCGUUCGCUUCUUCCCCUCCUGGGGCGCCUCGAUGGGCGCCGUUCGACUGGGCGUGGUCUUCUUUGUCAACGUCGGCGUUGUGAUGCCCCUCUGCCUGUACAAGAACGUCUCCCGCCUGGCCAGAGCCAGCUUCAUCAGUCUGGCCUGCGUCGUCUUCAUCCUGUUUGCCGUCAUCAUCAAGCUCAUGUCCGGUGAUUAUAAAAUAACGGACACUGCGGAUUCGUGGCGCUUUGCUAACUCCGAUCUCAUACCAGCCACGGGCAUCAUGGUCUUUGCUUUCAUGUGCCAUCACAAUACAUUCCUCGUUUAUCAAUCGAUGCGCGACGCGACCAUGGAGCGCUGGGAGAAGGUCACCCACAUUUCGAUUGGUUUCGCCUGGACUGUGGCGGCCCUGUUCGGCAUCGCUGGAUACUCCACCUUCCGUGCCCUGUCCCAAGGCGACCUGCUGGAGAACUACUGCUGGGAUGACGACCUGAUGAACUUCUCGCGUGUUCUCUUCUCCAUUUCCAUCCUGCUGACCUUUCCCAUCGAAUGCUUCGUUUCUCGAGAGAUUGUACGCGCAUUAGUCCAUCGGUUCGUGCUAAAGGAGCCCAUCAGCGAGUUUACCCAGGACAAGGACCCCAACUUGGAGAAGGGAGCCAUAAUCGAUGAGUACUCGAAAGCCAUUACCAUGGCCAUCGUAUUCAGCGCCUUCAUCAUAUCGCCCAUGACCGACUGCCUUGGCUCUGUGCUGGAACUCAAUGGUCUCCUGGCAGCCAUACCGCUGGCUUAUAUACUGCCCGGGCUGGCCUACAUCCGGAUGGAGCCACACGCCCUCUUCAGCCGCGAGAAGCUGCCUGCCCUGGGCCUGGUGGUGUUUGGUGCUCUGGUGACCAUCCUGGGAGCUGCGGUGCUGCUGCCCGGCCUAAUGGGCGACGAAUGUCGGUCGGAUAUUGUGUUGGGCUACUGCCGGCAGGAGUUCCAGAAUGCCACCGCCGAGGUGGCCUCCACCAAGAUGGUGAAUUAAUCGGGCGAGAGGAAGGCUAACGCAAUCGGAAUCGUAGCCAAAACUCAUUAUUUAAGGCCAUUAGCAACUGGAAAUGGGAAUUGACGGGCUGGGAUCGCUGUUGAGUUCGUAUUUGGGUUGGAAAGUCUUUGAUUUAAGUUUCGGUUGUACAGCUGCACCUUCGCGAAGAAUGAAACUUGUACCUGAGAUAUCUCAGAUAUGCAAAAAGUAUCUGGGUAAGUGUUUAGUGAGUUUGCAGGCAGUACAAAGUGUUGUAAUUGUGCUGGAAGGGGUGUCGGAGUGGAGGUGAUACGGGUGAAUCUCAGUACAAAGGCAAGGAAUUCUCUCCCCUGGUUAUAUGCACCACCCUACCCUACCCUAGAAAGGAAACCCAUUCGUUUGUUUGUAUAUUUCGUUGGAUCCCCCCAACCCCCUUGAUGUUUUGGAUGUUACUGUUGAUAUUGUUGAGCCCCCACAAGAUAUUGAUGUAUGUAGUGAAAGUUCCUCGAUACACAUAUUUAUUGUACUUGUGUGUGCCAUAAAGUGCAAGAAUUUCAAAUCCAAAAACCAAAAUCCAAAAACCAAAAACCAAAUCAAAUCAAAACUAGAACUAGUUGUUAUUCGUAGCUUUAGCGUAUUCUGAAACUAUUUGGGCACCAAUAUACAACUGCAAAAAAAUACUCUCCAUUAAGAAAGAAAUAUAUGUAUGAAACCCAAGUUGAGAAUCAAAAUCAAAACAAAGUAUUAUACCAGCAUAUUCUUAACUGUAUGUACAUAUGUAUGUAUGUAUGUAUAUGUUAUCGCAUUAUAUUUAAAACGUUUUAUAUAUAUGUAUGUGUCUACAGAUCGUAGAUCAAUAUUUGCUUUAGCUCCCAGACACGAAGAAGCUUUAUCCAAAAACCAAACAAAAAGAAAGAAAGAAAAGAGAUCAACGUACACAGACAUAAAUCCUUUUCAUAUACAACAUCUCGAGAGUACACAGGACAACAGUUUUGAGUUGUUAACUGCACUGAAUUCUAUUUUGAAUUUACUUACACACUUGUACACAGACAUUCAGAGACAUUUAUAU